UCUUUAGAUACAUUAAAAAAAGAAUCGGUUCACAUCAAGAAGCCAAUUAAUGUAGUGAAACAAGAAAAAGUGAGCACUGACCAAAAAACAAAAAUUGAACUUGCUGAUGAAAUGACCAUUAAAGAUACAUUAGACAAUGAUGAAAGUGAGGAAAAGGUUAAUAUAUUGAAGAGGGAAUUAGUGAAUGGGAAGGAAUGUCCUGAGAGAACUGAUAAUGAAGAUUGCUCUAAUGCUCAAGAAGUGACUGACAAAACCACUGAAAUAAACCACACAAAAGAAGAUGAAAAAGUAGAAGAAAAAGAAGAGGAGAUGAUAGAAGUCCUGCCGGAAAAGGGUAAAUUUGAGCUUGUCUGUGAUAGCCUGGAUUCACUAAGAGAACUCAUUCUGAAGUUUACAGAGCCUGAACCUGAGCCUGAACCACCAUAUGCUGGUAGAGGUCGGAAGAAAAAGAUUGAAAAACCACCUCCUCGUAAAAGAUGUGUUACUGAACUUCAAGGUGUUAUGCAACCUGUUAGCCGAAUUAGAACCAUGGGAAUCAAGAAUACAAAAGGCAGUUUCAAGAAAUAGAAUCAAAAUGAAGAAAGAAUGGGAUACUUACAGGGAACAACCCCCUUCACCUGAUGAAGUAGAGGAUGUUUGGGCCAGUGAAGAGUCGAGUAGCGACAAUAGUAGUGAUGACAGCAGUUCAGAUGAUACUUCAGAUUCAAGUGAUGCUCCUAAUGAACAACAGCAGAAUGCAGAUGUUUUGGCUCACAGGGCUGAACCAAAACUAGGUGAUGUGGUUUUAGUUGAAGGUAUGGUCAAUGGUGCAUUGGAUGGAAGACCAACAACUAGAAGACAGGCAAAAUUAAAUACUGAGAGAGCAAAGAGAAGAGCCAGGGCGGCCAUUCUAAGGGAGAAGAAGAAAGAAGAAAAAGCACGAGCCAAUGUCAAUUUUGUUAAUACAAUAACUUUACCAAUUGGUGGUGUGACCACAACUUUUACUCUUCCAACAACGUCUCUGGGUACUUCAGUUAGUUUGUCAACUUUAUAUGCAUUACUUCAGUCUCAGCCACUUAUUAAAGUGAGUACAAAAACUGGUAGCUCCACUGCUACUUUGCUUACUACUGUUUCCAAGGGAGGCAAUGUACCAUUUAUCCACCCACCAAAGACUGUCACUUCAGCGCCAAGUAGUACUAUAACAACAUCUGUGAAUCAACCAAAUUUGACAACCUCGCAUGGUUUUCUUGGGGAUGAAUCAGCAAUAAACUUCCCAAGUAUAGGUGGUAAAGUUGGCUUACUAGCGAGCAGCACCUCUACCCAGGCAACUACCACAAGUAAUAUUGUAUAUACAUCAUUAGCUUCCAGCUCUGCUAUCCAGGCAACUACUUCAGCUACUGUUGGCAUGUCUCCAUCAGUAGUAUUCAGCACUACUACCCAGGCAUCAACUGUUGUCACUCAAGUCAAUAACAGUAGUGUUAUGUCAACAAUGCCACGCUUAUCACCGACUAAACACAUUAUUACAACAGGUGGCAAUACUGCAACAUUAACUUUGAAUGCACCUACUGUUGCCCAACAGUUACAACAACAACGUUUACAAAAGCAGCUCAAGCAGCAGCAACAACAACACCCUCAAACAUCCACAAGUAAAGAUGAUAAUGCAGAUGCCUUAGCCGAUCCAAAUCAAGUUCCAUCAAUUCAGAAUCAAAGUCAAAAUAAUAACAAACCAAAAGUAAGCUCUGUUGUGUCUCCGGCACCAACACAGAAAACACUGCCAUCUUCUGCUGCUCCUCCGAAAGUUCAGUACAACUUAGUUUUAGAUUCUAAAUCGGGUAAAACAAAACUUAGUCAAGAUCAAUUAAUGCAACUAUUGCAAUCGCCUCAACUGACUUCGCAACAGAAACAGCUUGUACAUCUGCAGCUAUUACAGUCUCAGCUACAAAAUCAGCAACUGAUUUUGCAGCAACAGAAAAUGAAAGUGCAGCAGAAGAGUCAGCAGGUUAUUCAGCAACAGCAGCAUGCCUCUCCCAUACUUAAACAAAAGCCAUCAACUGCCAAAAUACCACAACUAGGGAGAGAACAAUUAUUACAGAUGUUACAAAAACAACAGAGUGCCAAGCUUCAGUUACCAAGCCAAACAAGUGCCUCAUCUACUGCUGUAACUUGCUCAACAAGUCCAAAGGUUUUGCUAUCCCCUCAAUCAAGAGUUCAGCCAGGUACAACAGUAAGUGGUCUUCAAUCAACAUCAAUGGCAACUACAACCUCAGUGCAGAGUUCACAACUUGUCUCAGUUUGGCCAAGUUUGAAAUCACCUACAAGUGUUAUUACACCUAAGCCUAAACCACAACUCGUCCAGAACAUUAAAGUACCGCAAAGUACUUCACAGAAAGGAGUUACUACGCAAGGUAUUAAUCCACAGUAUGUUUUGCUUGAUGGAAAGUUGAUUCCAUAUACUGCGUUUCAAGAACAUGGAAUCAAGUUAAAAGGUGUACAAACUCAGCCUGUUAUCAAACAAUUGCAAAAUGCUACUUUGCAAACACCACAAACAGGUCAGCAUGUAAUUACUACAAGCAGAGUAGCGACUGGGGCAUCAAAGUUAAUUUCCUCAAUGCCUGUGCCUAAGACUUUAGCAAGCCCAUUGCCUGUUGGUCACAUAAAAUCACCGGUACAGUCUACAGCAACUCCUCAACAAUUGCAGCUUUCACAACCAACUAAGUUAGUGCAAAAUGUUUUGACAUCACAAGUUGUACCACAGCAACCUCGAUUGACACCAAUGUCCCCACCACAGCAACUUGAAGGUACUGUGCCAUCAUCAAGUACAAAAGUAACAGCAGUUGUGGGAAAUAAGCUUGUGACAAUUACAGGGAUUGAUCCUAAAUUUUUAGCUCAGUGUGGAGGCAAAUUAGUACUCCCGGGUAAUCUCCUCUUGACUGGAGCAAAAACUUCACAACCUCAAAAAAUUAUUUUAACACCUCAGACUUCAGAUAGCUCUCAAAUGAGCCAAAGUGUCCAGAGCCAACAGUCCAACUUGCUCAUGGUGUCCUCUACAUCCACCUAUCCAGCAGUAUCUCCCAUUCAGACAAUCCAGAAUCCACAACAGACAAUCCUUUCGGUUCAAAGACAACAAGCACCUAUACUUGCUCCAGGUACAUCCACCCAGCCUACUUGGAGUCUUAAACCAGUUAUACAACAACCAACUACACUUACAACAGGGUCAUCAUCUUCUUUUCCAAUCUCCAACAUUCAGCAGAUGCAAACCUUGCCACAGACUCUUCUUCAAGUCAACACUGGAAAUAUCUCUAACCAAAAAGCCGCUGUAAUUACAUCAAAGACGGAUCCUGUCUUAUCACUGCAUAGUGCUCAGCAUACUGUAUUACAAGGAAGUGGUGCAAAUGUUCGUCAACCAUCAAACUUAAUACUAACAUCAGCAACUUCCACCCAUCCAACAGCUCGGAUACAGACAAUACAGAGGCCACAUCAAACACUUCUUGAAGUAAAUCCAGGUAACCUUCCCAAUCAGCAACCAACCUUACUUACAACAGCAACAGCAACAGUUGCAGCUGCAAGCUCCCAUCCCAAUCUUCAGGUGCUGCAGGCUCCAAAACAAACAACACUACAAUUAAGUAGAGGAAAUGUGCCAAUUCAGCAUUUAAUUACACCAACAACGUUCACUCAUCCAACAGCUGUAAGAACUACUGCUAUUGCCACUGAAAAUUCAACUCUUAUUGGAGGAAGAACUGUGAUUCCUGUGCAAGCUGCAAACUCUUCUCAAGUACUUUUCCAAACCAAUCCGCCAUUAUCACCAUCUGUAUCAAAUUCAUUCUGUCAACCCAUUGUCAGUAAUGCACCUGUGCAUCAGUUAAUUGCCUCUUCGCCAGCGUCGAACAAACCUUUCUUCAUAUUGAAUGCAGCAGGUUCUGCUGCUUCCCAAGCUGGUCAGCCAAAUGUCAAGUUGCUGCAGACUUCACCAGUACAAUCAACUCCAACUAUGCAACAGAUUCACCUGUCAAGUUCCACACUAGCAGGGACAAGUAACAUUGCAGAGACAACUCUGCAACAAAUCCAACAACUUGUGACUACAGCUUCAAUUAAGCAGCCUGUGUUUGCAACUUUACCUUCAGCGGCUACAGCUGUUCUUCAGCAACCAAAUGUCAAUCAGACCACUACAGUGAAUUUAAACUCGCUGCCACUGGUGGUCCAGAAACAAUUAAUUGAAAAGAUUCAAAAACGUGCAUUAUUGAUGAACAUCCCGGAAAAGAAUGCGAGUUCAACUGCAAAUACAAUUGUGAAACCGAUAAAUGCUACUCCUACUGGAAUUGCAGUGCCUACAGUACAGCAAACUUCUACUUUAAUGCUUCAUUCCAUUCCAACCUUGGCUUCUGUAGAGCCUCAAAAAAUAGCAGUGCCUGCCACAGCACCCAGUAGUGUCUGUAGUUCUAAAAUGGGGAGUAAAACAAUGAGUAUACCACAAACAUCGCCACUCAAAAUUCCUCAAAAUAGUGCACCUAAAACACUGUCAAUACCAAUCCCUGUUCCACCGUCACCAACUAAGCAAAGUCUGUACAUUGUUAGUGCACACAAUCAAUCUGUUGGGAAUGUUAGAGUUAAUCCUGUAAAACCACCACAACCUACAUCGCUUCAUGUGUCAAUCCCUGGAGGAAACCAAGGUUUUGUUAUUCAGAAUUCUGCUGAUACGUUGAACUUUGCUGCAAAGUCAACUCCAAUCAUAUCAAGUCCUGGAUCAUCAAGAACCACAAACCCUGCUGCAAAUAUUGUUUUAUGCAGUCCAGUGAAAUCCCACAUUAUCCCUAGUAUAUCAGCAUCAGCUAAUUCUGACUGCAAUAGCAGUACUGUUAUGAAUGGACUUACUGACAAAAAAUAACUUUACCUAAUCAAUUGUAUAAAAUGCUUAUUUAACUUAUUGUUCCAUUGAAGGUUCUCUUAAUACAAAAAGUGUUUUUUUUUUUCUAUAGCAAGAAGUUCAAUGCAUAAUGAACUGAAAUACUGUGUCCACUUUUUGAGUCAGAGGGCAAGGUGCAUUAGUUACAUGGUGACAUAGGAAAUCUUGUUUUAUUUGCCAAUUUCAAGAGAUUUUUGACCGUUUCUCAAGAGCAGAUUAUGACUUUCUUAAUUGUCUUACCGCUAGCUGGUUGCGGUAAUAUUUGAUGUCAGUAUGAUGGAGAAAUAUUUUGAUUGUAACAUGUUACAUUGAUUGUUACAGUGCUUAUACAGUAACCCACUGUUUGAUGUACGUACAUUCAUGCCAUGGCUUUAAGAGUUGGGUUUCGCAUCAUUUGAGAUAAAUACAACCAAGGAUAGAAUAGUGUGGCAAGUGUAAAGAGCCUUCAGUCAACAGGUGCAAUAGGCUUACUAUUCUGUCCCCGGCUGUGCUUGUGUAAUAAUGCAACAGUACAUUUAUUAGGUAUACAUUUUGUUGGGUCAAGUAUCUUUCCGUCAAUAUGGCUUAAGUUUAUAUACAGGACAAUUUUCAGAUGUUUUAUUUAUUAUAUUUAUUUUAUGCCUUUAAAAGGGGCAUGUAUUGAAUUAGUUUUCACCUGUAUGUAAUACAUGAAAUUUUAUUUAUGUACAAACUUCAGGAUUUUUUUUUAUAUGUAAUUUUUUUUUAAUUUGAGCAUUUUCCCUGUUGCACAUUUUGUUACAUAGGGAGUUGUGUAUUACAUUGAAACACAGUUUUGUUUCUUUGAAUUGAAUUUUAUUGCCAAAUGCAGGUAAUUCUCCUAUGGAAAAUUGCUAUUGAUCAAGGCAGUUUGAGAUGAGUAAUAUUGAGUUUUUGUCUUUUUCAAGUUUACAUAAUGUUGUCAUU